AUGAAAGUCGACACCUUUACCAUUGAUACGCACUCGUCUGGUAAACCGCUCAGUUGUGCAGCGAAGCGGUAUCGGCCACAUGGGGCUUCUUCCAAGGAACGACCUGCACCUGGGCAUAUCCUAAUAUUCACCCACGGCACUGGGUUCCAUAAGGAGCACUGGGAAGUCCCAAUCCUACGGCUGUUCGCUCAUAGCAAGUCGGGCGAAACGAGGGUCUCGGAGGCGUGGUCGAUUGAUUGGCAGACUCACGGUGAUUCUGCAGCGUUGAACGAAGCGGUGAUCGAGGCGCCGGAAUUUGUGUUUUCUGAAUUUGAUUACGCUGAAGCCUGCGCGAACCUAUAUAGGACAUUUCUGCUCGAGAAUAUCGAGAAAGGCUUGAACAAAGUGGUGCUCUUGGGACAUUCAGCUGGUGCUGCGUCUGCCUCCCUAGCAACAAUGUUUUGUGACCACCCGCUCUUCGAAGCCUUCAUUUUCGUAGAGCCGACAAUAUGGCCUGCUGAGAUGGCUGGUGUGGAUGCACCUGUGUACAAGUACGUCAAACGGGGGAUCCUCACUCGGAGGGAUCACUGGCCCACCAAGGCGGAGGCUAAGCGCUACUUUGAAGGCCGUGCGCCGUGGAGCUAUUGGGACUCGAGGAUCCGGGAGAUAUAUAUCGAGUACGGCCUGAAACCCGAUCUAGUCAGAGGUGGCUGGACACUCAAGUGCGCGCCGAAACAUGAACUAGCGCCGUUCGCGAAUGAUCAGAAGGCGGUGGAUGUCCUUCCCGAACUGAACAAGACGAUCAAGGUUGUGCCCAUACAUUUAAUCUAUGGAGGGCGGAACGAUAUGUUUUCACGGAAAAAACAAGACUCUUUACUGGGCGGUGGCCGCAACUUUGCGUCAGUGACGAGAAUCCCGGAUGCGGGCCAUUUGGUCGUGCAGGAGGCGCCGGAUGAGGUGGCGGAUGUGUUGUUUGGGAUAUUGAGGAAGUUGGAUAGGGGGGCUGGACAGUUUGAGGUUCAGGCGAAGCUGUGA